AUGAGCGACAACGAUGGUUCGUGUGACAGUGAUGGCAGCCCGUCGAAUGCGCUGGAUAACAUCGACGGCAGGGUGUCCUUGCGCCUCCCUCCGAUCGGCAUGUCGUUGCUUUAUCCCCAUCUUCCGUCCUCAUCUGCUUUGCAGCGGGGCACGAGGUUGUUGUUGACGGGGGGAAUCGUUGAAGCGUAUCGCCGACUGUUGAUGUUCGUGGCGAGGUCGGUCGUGGAUCGGGUUUUCGUUACGGCAACAUUCGCUGAGGAAGAUCCUGUGUACAGGCAGGCGAGGGACAUCGAAGUGACCACCCGGCACUAUGGUUUGGAAGCGAACAACUCCCCGCACCCCUGGCUUCCUCCUAGGGAAGACCAGCGAGACACCAGCAAGGCGAUGUCAUACCUUCCUCGACUAGACAAGACGUACCACAUGUGGUACAAGCGGCGGUUCAUGCUGGUCAGCCGCCAAGUCAGUCCGGCAUCGCCGUCGGGGUUGUCUAAUAAGUCGGAGUACUUGCAAAUACGGAUCCUUGCCUUCAACCAUCGAAUUCUGGGUGAGCUGUUGGAGGAAGCUCGAGCUGAGUAUAAAGCGGCUAAGGAGAACGUGAUAUCGGUAUGGGCGUCGAACAACAUGAACCACUGGAUCAACAUUACUGCUAACCCCAAGCGCGCGCUAAAUACCGUUAUUUUGGAUCCCGGAGUGAAGGAAAGGCUAUUGGAAGACGCGCGUGACUUCUUGAACAGUCAGCCGUGGUAUGCUGCAAGAGGUAUUCCUUUCCGCCGAGGAUAUCUCCUUCAUGGCGCUCCGGGCUCUGGGAAGUCUUCCACCAUCCAAAGCAUAGCAGGAGAACUGGGGCUUGAUGUAUACAUCGUCAGCCUGUCCCGUACAGGGCUGGACGACAACUCCCUCUACGAGCUCAUCGGCGGGUUACCCAAGAGGUGCAUCGCGCUCAUGGAAGACAUCGACGCUGCCUUCAAACAAGGAAUCGCGCGGAACCUCGACGUCCCGAAGGAUAAGGACGGCGCCACCCCGAGCACGCUCCGCCCGCAGAGCCCGAACGAAGGCCGCAUAGUGUUCGCCACGACGAACAACUUCUCUGCCCUCGAUCCUGCGUUGCGACGUGCAGGCCGCAUGGACGAGCACAUCGAGUUCACGCACGCCAGCAAGUACCAGGCGCAGGAGCUCUUCAAACGCUUCUACGCGCCGGCUGGCGGUGCAAAGGUACCUGCAGGUCAUUGGACCUCGGAGAAGGUGCUUCAGAAUGGAAGUCGGUCUCGGUCGCUAUCAGCAGUGGACGAUGCUGAGAAGAAUGUGGCAGAGCUUGCGGCGCGAUUCUCGGAGAUUAUUCCUGAUCGGGAGUUCUCGAUGGCCAGUUUGCAGGGCUACCUGAUGAGGUAUAAGGUUCGACCACAAGAUGCUGUCCACGAUGCGCCCGAAUGGGUGGAACAAGAACUGGGCGGCAAAGAUAGAAAGAGGUGCUAG